AUAGUUUAAAACUAAAGUUGCUUUUUUAGCGAUAUUUUUUAUUAUAAGUAUUCUAAUCAAAGUUCUUAUUAGGACUUCCUUAUGGCAGCCAUCAAAGAAAUAUUAGUCUAAUGAAAGUGGUUAUAUGCUAAAUUUAUAAACAUUUGAACAAAAACUUUAUUUCAACACCAACUUUUCCUCAGUUAAUAAUGUGUAAAUUUAUUAUUCAUUCAAAUAAAUGUUUUUGUUAUAAAUUCAAUUAACAACAAAAAUUUAAAUUAUUUAACAACUAAUUAUCAAGUUCCUACAAGGGAGUUGAAAAUUUUUUACUAAAAAGUAUGGAUAUAAAGUUGCGGCGGCUGUGAGUUGAUACGGGAAAAAUUUUGUGAAAAACUUGUACUUUUACCAUUGGAAAUUACUCCUGACUGUGAAUUACUUUCAUUAGAACAUUUUUAAAACUACACGAACAUUCUGUAAUUUCUCUCUGAGAAUAUUCUAAUCCUAUUUGGAAGAACCCAGAAAAUUAGACAAUCUUUUUAAAUAAAAGGAUAAUGUUUGUCGAAAAAUGAUAAUCACUACAUGAAGGAUAAAAACACUAGUACAUACAAAUGAAGAAAACGAACAUUUUGCUUAAUUAUGACAUCAACUAAUAAAAUUGAGUCUCAUGGGACUUUGCAAUGGGAUAUAUUACAAUUAGCAGGACAUUUGCGGCAAGAACGUUUAUUUGUUAGUGCAGAACAACAAAAUCUUCAGCAUCUUAAUGAAAAAGUUGUUUACAUAUUGUCGAAUUUAGCUCAAUUGACAUGGGUCACUGAUCAACAAAGAGUAAAUUUAAAUAAAUUAAUAGUGUCAAGACCUGAUUGUACGCCGGCUUCGUGUUGUCAGCGUGCAAACGCUUUGGGAAAUUCCCAAUUUAUUGAUGUAUAUAAAUGUUUAAGAUAUCAAGUAUGUUUGGCUUAUGGGGAAUUUUUGGCAGCACUCAGGAAAAGUCCAAACCUUUUGGCUUCUUGUUUAGUGGAAGGCGAAAAAAUAGUUCCAGAUAUGAUUCAAAAUAUUAUUCAGUCAUUGUCAGCCGGACUAUAUGGGAGUUGUCUAUUACCAGAUGAUAAAUUAUUUGUAUUAAAGUUACUGAGACAUCUUAUGUUUCUUCAAAUCGUUCCAUCAGACAAUCCGCGGCGACUACUUAGACAUGGGACCUGUGCAUUUUCUAGGUUUUAUUCUGUUUUUCAUGAAAGUCUUUUUUCUGCAAAAUUAUUCCUUACGGCAGCUCUUCACGGACCGAUAACUCAGUUGUUAAUGGAAGACGAAAUGUUUCUUGACAUUGAUCCAGAAAAAGUACCGAUAAGAUUUCCCCCAUCGGAAAGAUUGAAAAAAUUUGGGAUAGAAGGAACUUCAGAAUAUCAAUCUAAAAUAUUGCGGUACAGACUUUGGACAAUUAAUUCUUUAGUUCGAAUAACUCAAAGAUUUAUUACAAGUAUACGAGAAAAUAUGCACUGUUUUCCAACUAGCAUUUCUUGGUUAGUAAAACAAUUGGCAAGAUUCUUGGAUAAAAGUGGUAACAUUGAGUCAAAAGAAGUGCAUGCCAUGUGUACAGAUCUCGUAUUCACUUAUUUUAUUUGUCCGGCAAUAGUGAAUCCGGAGCCGUACGGUAUUACUGAUGCUCCCAUAAGUUAUGUGGCUAGAUUUAAUUUGAUGCAAGUCGGACAAAUUUUACAAAUGUUAUCAUUGAUGAAGUACCAAACUAUUGACAUAAAAGUUAUGGAUUUAUAUCGUCGAUUUGAAAGAGAUUCAGUCUCUGUAAUUAUCGAUAUGAUGUUAGAAGGUAGCGCAGAUGAACUGGAUGAUGAACCAACUAUUGUAGAUAAUACUAAGUUACAAGGACUUUGUCGGUCUGCUGCACUUUUUACAGAAAAUGAAUUGAAUUCAUUGAUUAUAUUUUUACAAACUGUAUAUAAUAGAGAUAACGAGGACACUUGUCCUGAAAAUGAUAUUUUAGAUCGUAAACAACUGAAUCAAAUGCUUGCUUUGUUACCAAAUGGAACAGUAUCUGCAAAUAAAAUCGUUAAUAAUGUUUCUUCGGAAUCUUCUAAACGGAGUAGUGGUUUAUUAGGAAAGGUUGGUAUUAAUCGUGGAUUACGGGCCUCUGCAUCGUCUAACUCUAGUGUAUUAACCGAUGGAGCUGAAGAAAUAAAUAGCGUUUCUGGUGUUGAUGAAGAAUACAUGAAUAAAACGUCACAGGAAGUUUUAGUUAUACCAUUUGGAUCAACACUGCAUGAAUCCGUAGGUUUAUUAAGUGAACAAAAGAUUCUUUGUAUGGACAUUCAGAAUAACUUGGAUGCUAACUCAGCAACUUUGAAUCAUUCCACUGAUGUAUCAAAUAGUAAUGACAGUCGCAAUUCUACUGGCCCAGAACGGGGUAUUGAAACACAUGAAAAAAGAACACGUUUUUCGUUGUCCCACGAUCAAGUUUUGUUUGAAGGUUCUAUUGGUAACACUUCAGAUAAUCUCGAAAUAGUUUCAGAAGCUGCUUCAAAUCAUAGUGUUGCUUCAUCGUUAGAACUUGAGACUGAAGAUCAAAAUGACAAUUUAUCAGAUAUGGUAUCUGCAAAUGUAUCUGGAAGAGGAAGUCCCAAUAUUUCUGGUCGAGAUACACCUUCGUCACAAAUUACCGAAGGUGAUGAUGUCCGAGCAGGGGGUGAAGUUCGACCUUUAGAUUUACCUCCACCUACAAUUGCCACAAAACAAAGUCGUUCAGAAAUAGACGACAAAUUUUGUAAAUUUGAAAUAAAAAAACUUAUUGAAGGAGAUGAGACAUUUUCAUUGGUAUCUGAUACGUGGUCUACAGAUGUGUUAGCUUCUGACAGCGAAAUAGUCGAACAUCAAGAACGUUUUUUGUUUCCACCUCUAGCUGAACAAAUAUCAGGACUCCCAGCUGAACCUUUGCAAGGUAUUGCAGAUGCCAGCGAAACAGCUUCAGAAGCUUGGAGUAUGGAUGUUCUUGCAAGUGAUUCUGAGCGCUUAACUGAGGUAGAUACUGAUGAUACAGCUAGUGUAGCAAGAUCUGAUGACACAGGAAGAUCGGAAAUAGAAAGUCGUGGCGAACCAGACGUCGGUGAGGAAUCAUCAGAUUCAAUAAAUGUUUCUGCCUGUCCUUUAGUGGAUGGGUUCAGUACCUCCUUUAAACCGAUUAGUACAGAUCUUAAUCGACCGGCAACCACAAUUCCUUCAUUUCCAACUUCAUCCUCAAUACAUUCAAAUGUUACUAAUUAUACUGGCAAUAAAUCUGACAAUUUUCCAAGCAUGGUUGAUUAUGUCGACAAUAAUGCUAAUAAUGUUAAUAGUGUAGAACACUUGAAAUCAACAAAGAAAGAUAAAUUGGUAAAUUUGAUUGAUAAAUUAAAUAUUGAUGACAGAAAAAAUGUUACUCUAAAUCAAAAAUCCAAUAAUCAUAUUGGAGCAGUUGCUGUUGCUCCUACAUUAUUACUGGCAAAUCAUAUAUCAGCGCCACUUUUGUCCAAUGAGAAAUCUUUGAAUGGUGAUGUAAAAUCUGAAGAAUCAGAAGACUGCAUAACAAAUGUUAAUGAUGUCACCGUUAGACUCAGCACGACCAGUUUAACGUCAAGUAGUAGCUCAGGGUCUGAAUCUAGAAUGAAAAACGUAAACUCACCUUCAGAAUCAUUAACCCAACAAUCAACGAAUAGUGGCAAUGAAAAUGUUGACAGUGAUAACAGUAUUCCUAAACCCAAUGUUUCAACUGGAGCCAUUCCAAAAAGUAUAAGCUUUGAUAUAACUGCGGUUCGAGGAGACAAAGAACUUCUAGAUGAUCAGAAACACAAACGUGGUUUUUUCAGUAAAUUUAAAAUGUCUUUAAAAAAUCGUCGAGGCAAGUCACCGCGGGAUACGGAUGAACUUGGAAGAUGUUAUGACCGAGAAAUCGGAGGUGAUGGCAUAGAAGUUGGAAGAUAUCGGUUACGAAAAAUAAUGUCUGAGGAUACUGCUUCCAAUGCAAAUAUUAAUAUUGAUAGUACAGAUGAUAUUUUGGCUAAAUAUAGAAGAAAACCAAGUAUAGUGUGCGAUACAGUUUCAUCAGAUAACAGUCAGAUCAGACCGAAAGAAACUGAAGACGAAAGACUUUCGAUCGAUCCAAAUAGUGUGGAAUCAUCUUUCGCCUUUUCUGACGCAAAAAGAAAAUUACGAAUGGUACUUAGUACAGCAGAUUUACAACACUUUCCGUGGAACAUAACUUCUGAGAAAAACACGUGGAUACAAAAAGAGAAUGAAUUAAUAGACUUCUUGAAACUUCAAUUAGCCGAAGCAAUUAAUCUACAAGAUCGUUCAUUGAUUGCUCAUCUUCAUGAAACUCUACGUUGUGUAAGGCUAUUCAACGAUGAUGGAUGUCGAAAGCUUUUUAAAUCACUUCGAGAUGAUUACGAAAAAAGGUCGCCUUAUGUAGCAUAUUUAAUUCGAUGUAGGCAGGGUUUAUUAUCAACUUUAGCUCACUUGGAAAGGCUAGGUGAACGAGCAAAGUGUGAUCGUGAUGCUGUAAAUAGUCAUUUAGUUGCUGUUUGUGUGAGGGUAUUCUUGGAAAAACGUGAAUUACAGAUUCUUCGUUUUUGUGAUGAAUUUCAAAAGUUGAAAAUGCCAGAUGAAAAACAAGAUUUACUAGAAAAUUUUUUAAGUAAAGUUCAUGAUGAAAUGGACAAUGACCCAAUUUGGCAAGUUGCUAGUGAAAAUCAGCUUGAUUUAGCAAACAUGGUAGUUGAGCGGACAGUAAUGGCACGAGUCUAUCAUAAUGCAUUGUAUCCAAAUGGCGAUGGGGAUAUCUACAGAGACCAAUUAUUACAUGAUCAUAUAAAAAAAUUAUCAAAGAUUAUAACGCCGAACCAUAAAGAUUUACGGAUCCCCAAAAUUUAUCAUUACGAAUGUCCUUGGCCAUGGGCACAAGCUGAAUUAGCUAUGAUAUCUGCAUAUAAAACACCGCGGGAUAAAUUACAAUGUGUGUUUCGUUGUACAACAACAAUAAUGAAUUUAUUAUCGAUGGCUUCUGAAAGAGGGAUUCCCGCCGCCGAUGAUUUAAUUCCCGUAUUGGUAUAUGUAAUUAUAAAGGCAAAUCCGCCUUCGUUGCUAUCGACUGUACAAUAUGUUGAGAGUUUUUAUGGUAACAAUCGUCUAGAAGGUGAAGAUCAAUAUUGGUGGACUCAAUUUUGCUCAGCAAUCGAGUUUAUAAAAACGAUGGAUUGAAUAAUUAAUUAGAAUUUUAGGAUUUAUCGAAAUAAUUUAAUAGAGUUCUUCUAAUUAAUGUUAAAUAAACAGUUAGAAUGAAAUUUUA